CGCAAGGCAUAUUUUCGGGCAGCCCAUAUCUGGCAGCGUGGGGUCCUUCGGGGUCCUAGGCAGGGCACGUGAGGGAGGAAGUGGCUCUGCCUGUCCGCGCGGCUUUCGCGUGUUUCUCAACAAGGAGCUAUGGGAGGUCUGGAGAAGAAGAAGUAUGAACGAGGCUCUGCCACCAAUUAUAUCACCCGAAACAAAGCCCGGAUGCCUGAUUUCAGGCGGCUGUGCAUUCUGAAAGGCAUUUAUCCCCAUGAGCCCAAGCAUAAGAAGAAAGUGAACAAGGGUUCCACGGCGGCCCGAACAUUUUACCUUAUCAAGGACAUUAAAUUCCUCCUCCAUGAGCCCAUUGUCAACAACUUCAGGGAAUACAAGGUGUUUGUUCGGAAGCUCCGAAAAGCAUAUGGGAAGAGCGAAUGGAAUUCUGUGGAGCGCCUGAAGGACAAUAAACCCAGCUACAAACUUGACCACAUUGUCAAGGAGCGGUACCCCACAUUUAUUGAUGCUCUGAGGGAUCUCGAUGAUGCCCUGUCAAUGUGCUUCCUCUUCUCCACCUUCCCACGGACGGGCAAGUGCCAUGUGCAGACCAUUCAGCUAUGUCGCCGGCUCAUUGUGGAGUUCAUGCACUACGUCAUCGCUGCCCGAGCCCUGCGCAAAGUCUUCCUGUCCAUCAAAGGCAUUUACUAUCAGGCUGAGGUGCUGGGGCAGCCCAUCGUAUGGAUUGCACCCUAUGCUUUCUCCCAUGAUCAUCCAACAGAUGUGGACUACAGGGUCAUGGCCACCUUCACUGAGUUCUAUACCACUCUUCUGGGUUUUGUGAACUUCCGCCUUUACCAGUCACUCAACCUUCACUAUCCACCCAAGCUAGAAGGUCAAGCCCAGGCAGAGACAAAGAUCAGUGAGGACACAUAUGCAUUGGAUUCUGAGAGCUCUAUGGAGAAACUAGCAGCGCUCAGUGCCAGUCUGGCCCGAGUGGUGGUGCCUAAUAUAGAGGAGGCUGAGGCCGAUGAGUUUCCUACUGAUGGGGAGGUGACAGCACAGGAGGAAGAUCGCAGGAAAGAGCUGGAGGCACAGGAAAAACAAAAGAAACUCUUCGAAGGCCUGAAAUUCUUCCUGAACCGAGAGGUGCCCCGUGAAGCAUUGGCCUUUAUCAUCAGGAGUUUUGGUGGGGAUGUGUCCUGGGACAAGUCUUUGUGUAUCGGAGCCACCUAUGACAUCACAGACUCCUGCAUCACCCACCAGAUUGUUGACCGGCCUGGGCAGCAAACCCCCAUCAUUGGCAGGCCAACAAGCUGGCAGAGAAAAGGAAAGCCCAUGAUGACACUGGGAGGUCUGAGAAAAAAGCCAAGAGGACAAGGCCUGUAUGAGCACCAGCUACCUCUCCCUGGGAGUUGGACAUGGCAGAAGCAAGCUAGUGCAACUCACGAGUACCAGCCCAACACCCUCAUACUUUUGGUGGUGUGUGACCAGCCCUAGCCUCCUAUGAAGUUCAUGCUGGUGUCUGGACUAAGAGGCCUCUACCCAGCCCAAUUCUUACUUCAGGAGUCUGACAAACAUCCUCAUUUUGCUUUGCUUUCCACAGCCUCCUACACAGCUGUGCCCGUAAUUCUCAGGAUGCUGUCUUGGAAUAAGGGUGGGGAGCUCUGAUUAAAUGGCUGGACUUUUGCAGUCAAUUGGA